AAAAAAAUAUUUUAGGAGGAGUAUUGGGUCGUUGGUGUGUGUCUAUCCAUCCAUAUCCGAUUCUAGAUAGCCAUGAGAGCACAGUUGACAGUUGACAGUGUUGCAUUCUGGGCGAGUCUUAGAAAUUGAGGCAAUUGAACAUCUUCCACACUUGGCUUUAGAUUGAAGGAGUAUGUCCCUACUCCAGAAGGGCCUGUGCUGUGUCUUUGACAUCCGUAACCAUAAUAAUGUAAGCUCACUGAACCUCUCAAUCACAAAUUACCAUGCCGCAAAACCGCUAUCCAAAACAACCACAUAUUCUCCUCUCCAAUCGUUGACACGUGGCAAACCACGGAGGAGGAUGCUGAAACCUAUAUCCGCGGCUCUUCCCGCUCCACCGCCGCUUGACCUCACAGAAAAUAACGUGAAACAGGUUUUAGACGACGCUCGAAAGGAGCUGGGUCAAAUCUUUGACACCUCUGUUGGUAUGACAGGAGUGGUUGAACUAGCUGACUUGGAUGGGCCUUUUGUGAAAAUUAGCCUCAGUGGUCGGUUUUGGCACAAGCGUUCCACUGUCCUUGCCAGAGUCGCUAAUUAUCUCAAACAGAGGAUCCCUGAGAUUUUAGAGGUUGAUAUAGAAGACGAGAAACAAUUGGAUGACAGUCCUGAGAAUUUUUAAGAGCUUGCCGCUCUUUGGAUUUUCUUCUAUUCUUUUGUUUUGGUUGGUCUUCUACUAGCCGAUUCCCUAGAUAAGAUAAUUUGUUUAGUGUGGAUGAGAAUCUGUAGAAAAAUAAUCACUAUGGGAAUAUCUGUGUUAUUGUGCUAUCUUUGUUACAUGUUAUUGUUACUUACUCAUGGAACUUUCUCAUUAC